GUCAUACCUGCACUUAAAACGGGCAUACGUUCGUUUAAUAACGCGUUCCAAGCGUGUGUCGAGAAUUAAGUCCUGGACGCAUAUGCGUGAGCGUCAAAAGCGUGAGUGGAUUUGAGUGGACUAACUCAAUCAAGCAUUGAAAGCAACACUACAUGAAUGCCACUCCUAAAAUGACAAAUCUCAAACGCUAUUUCGUCAAGCACCUGAUCACCUUCUCCCUCCAGAAAGGAGAUGUGAGCACAGUGGAGGAGGCACAGUCUCGCCUCCACCAGCUGGCAAAAAGUGGAAAACUGUGGAGUCAGCAGAUGCUGCUGGACGUCGGACCUGAUGCCGUUUAUCUCAGAGGCAUCCAAACUGAGGCGGAACUGGAGAACUACUCCUUCAAGUCCAUCUUUCGAUGUGACUCAAUAAUCUCAGAGGAGCUCUUCCCAUCCCUGCUCCUCCUGGUGUGCCAGAGCGUCCACGAGAAAAAACCGGAAAUUCUCUUCUUCAACUGUGAGAACAAGAAGGCUGAACAAAUCUGCGAGAACAUCACGCAGGCUGUUUCCAAGUCCGGCAGGAGUAACAACAGUCCGGAUCUGAUCAGAAUUUCCCGGAACGACGGGGACAUGAUGGACCCUUACGGCAUCCCGAGCCACCCAAUCGCGCACGCGCCCAACCCCCCACCUAUUAAUCCUCCACCUUACCCGGGGCCUCGAGUCAACGGAGGUCCUGACAUCUCUCUACUCAGAGCCGAGAGAGAAGUGGGCAUUCUCAAUCACUGCUUCGAUGACAUCGAAAGCUUCAUGUCUAAACUGCAGCAGACGGCCGAGGCUGCCAUUGUGCUCAACCAGAGGAAGAAGAAGAAGAAAAGCAAAAAACAGAGUGCGGAAGAGGAUCUACUAACCAUCAAGGCCAAGCCACCACCAGAGGAAGAGUUUGUGGAUAUCUUCCAGAAAUUUAAAUAUUGCUUCAGUCUUUUGGCACGUUUGAAGUCAACCAUAGCUAGUCCUUCCUCAGACGAGCUUGUUCAUUAUGUAUUUAAACCUUUGGAUAUGAUGGUGAAGACCACCGGGGGCCCGGCUCUGGCCGCCUCUGUGUCCAGCCCCGCCCUGACCGGCGCCGCCGUGUCCUUGCUGCAGGACAACCUGGAUGUCGGCGAGCGGCAACUGUGGACGUCGCUCGGUCCCAACUGGACGCACUCUCGAUCGGAACUACGAGGACCCAUCGCCCCGUAUAAGCCCGUCUUCCUGGACGGAUGGAACCCAAGGAUACAUCGGGACGACGGGCAGGUUUGGGAGGAUCCGAUCGAGGCGCAACACAAACACGAAGCCCUAAUGCUCAAGCAAGAGCAGUACCAGCUCAACAGUAACAUCAGCGACGAAAUAGAAAACGCCACUCCUCCAGAGCCGGAAAAAGUCUACAGCUGCAGUUACGACUUCAUUGCCAGAAACAGCACUGAGCUGUCGGUGCAACAAGGGGAGACGCUUGAGGUACUGGAGUCAUCCAAACGCUGGUGGAAGGUUCGCAAUCGUUUCAACCAGGUGGGCUUCGUCCCCUUCAAUAUUCUGGAGCCUAUCGAACACGUGGAGAGUCCCGUCACUAUCAAGCCGCCCCCAGCUCCGGCCGCGCCUCCGAUAGCCAAGACUUUCACCCCAGCCGCUCCUCCCUUGCCCCAACUGCGCCACAACCCGUCGGUCCAACGCGUACCACACACCUUACCCGCCUACAGCCCGCAAACGCCUGCUACGGAGGAAAAUGAUAAAGUCAUGUUGGUGAACGACGAGCUGCUCCAAAGGUUGACCAACGGGAAGUCGAUCAACAGCAAGCCUCUCAUCAUAACUCGAUCGGCGGAAACCUCGCUCCCGCUCGACUAUCACUCCACUCCUGAGGAUGUGGCGUCGUGGUUGGCGGGGAAAGGCUUCAGUGAACCGACGGUCAGCUGUUUGAGGGUCCUGACAGGCGCUCAGCUCUUCUCCCUCAGCAAGGACGAAUUGCGCGAAGUCAUCCCGGAGGAAGGCGCUCGGGUCUACAGCCAGUUGGCGGUGCAGCGAGCACUCCUGGAGGACGCUCGGAGAGCCACGGAGCUGGAGGCAGUGAUGGAGAAGCAGAAAAUGAAGGUGGAUCUAAAAUUGGAGAGCAGUACACUGUGAGCGGAUGCAUAACAGAUGGACUAUAGUGCAUUAUUAUGAAGAGUAUAAUAUAUACGGUACAUACCUGCAAAUAGCUGUGACGGAAGCUUCUGUGUGCCACAGUGUUGAUUUGAACUUCAUUUUUGUAUUUAACGCAAGUACAAGACGCUAACUUAUAGUUCUUUGUGUUGAUUUUAGGUUCAUGAUAAUAUUACACUGGUAAAAAUACGGUAAUCUGAUAUGUAAACCUUUUUAAUGUACAAUUUUGCCCCUCAAAAAUGAUUUAAAAAAAUACUAAAAGUAUUGUAAGACAGUAAAAUGCUCUGCUUGUAGUUGGAAAUAACUUUCAAUGUCAUUUUUCUUUAUGUAUUCUUUCAAUUAAUCAAAUGAUGAAUUAAUUUUUUUCCACAUUCGGCAAAAUAUUUGCAUUAGCAUUCAGGCUUGAAUAUUGCGUACAUUACAGUAUAUAGUGCAAUUUUAUUUAAACACUGCAGAAAAGCUUUUCAUGCAAGAAAUGGCUAAAAUGCAAUAAAGAUUUGAAUAUGGUUUGA